AUGAGUACCUCACUCCACACUAGGGAUGUGCGUACAUAUAACCAAAUUACAGAACUUAACUCUAUGAGUACCUCAGCCCACACUAGGGAUGUGCGUACAUAUAACCAAAUUACAGAACUUAACUCUAUGAGUACCUCAGCCCACACUAGGGGUGUGUGUACAUAUAACCAAAUUACAGAACUUAACUCUAUGAGUACCUCAGCCCACACUAGGGAUGUGCGUACAUAUAACCAAAUUACAGAACUUAACUCUAUGAGUACCUCAGCCCACACUAGGGAUGUGCGUACAUAUAACCAAAUUACAGAACUUAACUCUAUGACUACCUCAGUCCACACUAGGGGUGUGUGUACAUAUAACCAAAUUACAGAACUUAACUCUAUGAGUACCUCAGUCCACACUAGGGAUGUGCGUACAUAUAACCAAAUUACAGAACUUAACUCUAUGAGUACCUCAGUCCACACUAGGGAUGUGCGUACAUAUAACCAAAUUACAGAACUUAACUCUAUGAGUAUCUCAGCCCACACUAGGGAUGUGCGUACAUAUAACCAAAUUACAGAACUUAACUCUAUGAGUACCUCAGCCCACACUAGGGGUGUGCGUACAUAUAACCAAAUUACAGAACUUAACUCUAUGAGUACCUCAGCCCACACUAGGGAUGUGCGUACAUAUAACCAAAUUACAGAAGUUAACUCUAUGAGUACCUCAGUCCACACUAGGGAUGUGCGUAGAUAUAACCAAAUUACAGAACUUAACUCUAUGAGUACCUCAGUCCACACUAGGGAUGUGCGUACAUAUAACCAUAUUACAGAACUUAAUUCUAUGACUACCUCAGUCCACACUAGGGGUGUGUGUACAUAUAACCAAAUUACAGAACUUAACUCUAUGAGUACCUCAGCCCACACUAGGGAUGUGCGUACAUAUAACCAAAUUACAGAAUUUAACUCUAUGACUACCUCAGCCCACACUAGGGGUGUGCGUACAUAUAAUAAAAUUACAGAACUUAACUCUAUGAGUACCUCAGUCCACACUAGGGAUGUGCGUACAUAUAACCAAAUUACAGAACUUAACUCUAUGACUACCUCACUCCACACUAGGGAUGUGCGUACAUAUAACCAAAUUACAGAACUUACCUCUCUGACUACCUCAGUCCACACUAGGGAUGUGCGUACAUAUAACCAAAUUACAGAAUUUAACUCUCUGACUACCUCAGUCCACACUAGGGAUGUGCGUACAUAUAACCAAAUUACAGAAUUUAACUCUAUGACUACCUCAGUCCACACUAGGGAUAUGCGUACAUAUAACUAA